AUGCAUUCCAGGCCAUAUUUCACCACUUCAAUCCUGCUCUGUCUAGCCCUAGCCCUCGUCUUCUGUCCAACCGUACCGGCUGCUGGUGUAAGACUAGACCAUGGCUACGCUUCGUACCAACCGCCGCAGGCCCAUGCGAACAAUGGCGUUUUCCCCUUCCUUACAUGGUUGCGCAACUCGGCCGUUGAGUUGAUUUUUGGUCGGCCGGGCUCGGCCAAAUCCAAGUCGGCACCAGCACGGGGAAUGGGCGCCCUUAAUCCCAGGUAUUCCAAAGAGACGGUUCUUCGCUUUAACGUCUCGAGUCAGGAGGACGAAAAUGCCCUUGCCGAUGCCGCCGACCGGCUGUUCCUUGACGUCUGGGGCUUCACGCGCAACCACGUCGACAUCCGCAUACACAAAAACGACGUCACACCGCUGCUGAGCCUCCUACCCGUCUCUCUCCGAGGAAACUUUUCGACCCUGAUCCCCGAUCUUCCCUCCGCCGUUGCCGCAACCUACAACAGACGCGUGAAGGAUGAUGCGAGAUUCGACCCGAGCAGCAGCAAGACGUUGAAGCCCUCGGUGAUUGACUCUGCUGAAGAGUUCGAUAAUGUCUUCUUCCGCGACUACCAACCUCUACAUGUCAUCCACCAAUGGAUGCGUCUUCUCGAGUCCAUGUUCCCCAAGAUCGUGAAGUUGGAAACCAUCGGCAAGUCGUUCGAGGGCCGCGAGAUUCUUGCGCUCAGGGUUGGUAAUCAUUUGUAUGCCGAGGAUGCGGACAAGAACAAGGCCCCGCGAAAGACGGUGGUCAUUAACGGCGGCCUGCAUGCCCGCGAGUGGAUCGCGACUGCGACGGUCAACUAUCUUGUCUGGGCCCUCAUCACUUCUUACGAUCAGGAACCGGUUCUGACUCGGUUCUUGAACAACUACUCGGUCGUUUUCAUCCCAGUAACCAACCCAGAUGGAUAUGUGUACAGCUGGGACUCAGAUCGUCUCUGGCGAAAGUCGAGACAAGACACGCCAUUUAACUUCUGCCGGGGCCUUGACCUCAACCACGCAUUCGACUUUGAGUGGAACCAGAACCUCCGCGAACCAUGUUCGGAGGAUUACGGUGGUCAGAAGCCAUUCGAGGCUGUGGAGGCCAGGGAGCUCUCUCAAUGGGCCAAGAAGGAGGUGGAGGAUCACAACACCCAGUUUGUUGGAUUUAUCGACCUUCACUCGUACUCUCAAGAGAUUCUUUAUCCCUUCGAGUACACUUGCGAUCCGGAGCCGCCGAACGUUGAGAAUCUCGAAGAGCUCGCCGCCGACCUGGCCAAGGCGAUCCGGCUAUCAAGUGGCGAGCAGUACGAUGUGUUCUCGGCUUGCGAGGGUGCUGUGCUUUCGCGACAUGGCGGCCACAGGGAACGGGUACAUAGGAUGGAGCCGCCCGGUGGAUCGGCCAUGGACUGGUUCUACCAUGAGAUGCACGCCAGGUAUAGUUACCAGAUCAAGUUGAGGGACAGGGGUAGCUACGGCUUCCUGCUUCCUCCAGAUGCCAUCAUCCCAACGGGCAAGGAGGUUUUCAACGCGCUCAAAUUCUACGCGGACUUUCUUGGUGGUAACAAUGGGAUUGAGAGAGUUUCGUCGUCGAGACCGUUUGGGCCUGUUACGGUGCAGAAACCAGAAGACAUGGAUGCAGAGAUUGAUGAGAUGACCGAGCUGAAGAAACGCCGGAGAAAGCGUUAA